AUGAAUGACCUUCCCGCCGGGAUGGGGACCCGGGAAGGAGCUGCGAAUCGCACGGACUCCCCCCACAACCUGGGGCGCGCCAGAUCCUUUCCGAGCGAGAUGGGGCGCGGGGCUCCCCUGGAUCCCGGCGCCCCGAACCCCACGGUGGCGGAGGCCAGCGGAAGCCGGGUCAGCGCCCACCAAGACCGGUCGGCAGGUCGGACCCUCGGACCACCGGCCAGAGAGAAUUUGGACUGUGAGCCCUGGGUCAGAGAGAAAGUUCUCUUUCUUCUGCAUCCAGAGAGGUGGUUGGGGACUCAAGGGAACCCUGCAAGGGAAGAGGUGGCCAGUGAGGAGGACCUCCCCCAGGCGCGCGGAGAUGACCACAACCAGAAACCCCACUGCGCUUCUCAUCUCUUCCAUCGGGAAAAGCUUAUCUCUGGCAGGCGUGUAGCCGCUCGCUCCGGAGCCCCGCCGCGGGACCCCGCAGCCCCCCCCAAAUCCGUGCUCGUGCGGGUCGUGGAUUAUGAGGUGACACAAGAGGUGCUGCGGACCGCGUGGACGAAGGGUCGCAUGACCACGAGGACCGAGGAGCACUGCAUGACCGCGGUCACUUUUCGCACCAAUAGGGAGUGA